CUACGCCUCUAUUCUCUAUCUGACACAAACUAAAAGACAGAUGGCUCCACACCUUAGCUCGCCUCUAUCAUUUCUGCUGAUUUUGAUUGUAGUUUCAUCAGUGCCACAAAUAUCAGAAUCGGCAAGAGUGUUCACUAUAACAAACGACUGUAAAGAGACAAUCUGGCCGGCGGUCUUCCCGGGCGAAUACUUUGAUGGUGGGGGCUUUGCCCUAAAAACAGGCCAAUCAAGGGUUUUCACCGCUCCACUGAGCUGGUCUGGGCGUAUAUGGGGUCGAUCAGGUUGCAACUUUGAUAAAACUGGUAAGGGAAAUUGCCAAACCGGGAGCUGCGGCGACAACAUCAAGUGCUCGGCCUCAGGCAAAACACCUGCAACACUCGCAGAAUUCACACUUGCAGCUCUUGAUUUCUACGAUGUUAGCCUUGUCGAUGGCUUCAACCUACCAUUAGUUGUAAAACCCAUUAAUGGUAAAGGAAAUUGCAGCAUUGCUGGCUGUGACAGCAACCUAAGGGACACUUGCCCGUCCGAGCUCGCCCUUAAAUCCAGUGGGAAGACUGUAGGGUGCCGGAGUGCAUGCGAUGUGUUCAACACUGAUGAAUACUGUUGUAAAGGGCUUUAUGGGAACGCCGCCACAUGUGUACCUACCUCCUACUCCAAGAAGUUCAAGGAGGCUUGUCCAGCCGCAUAUAGUUACGCUUAUGAUGAUCCCUCCAGCAUUUUUACCUGUUCCGGCACCACCGACUACGUCAUCACAUUCUGCGGAUCAAGGCGGCAGCCAGCGUGCACCUACCACAACAACAAACUCAUCUGCAGUGGAUCUAAGGGCUUAAGAUCUUUGAUUGGAGCAUGGUGGGCUGUGAUGCUCACAUUUCUAUUAACCAUAUCCGUCUCUUGAUCGGAGGAAGUGUUUAUAUAUAUGGAUGUAAAUAUGAGUUUGGCCCUUCAUGAAAAAUGACCAACUCAACUACAUUUAUUCAUUUUCCCACGUCUUACAAUUUGUCUGUUGACACUUUCUGAUUUUCCCGCUAUCACAUGGGUUACCUACCUACCCACUCUAUGGUCUCCUAGCAUGUAAUGGAUAUGUAAAUAUCAAUUCAAUGAAAAGGCGAUUAAUGCUUUUUGAUAAGCUCA